AUGACUAUUGCCCAGCUUGAUUUUCCAAAAUCAAAUAACUCUGAAUCUGAUGUUGACUUGUUGGUACCCUUGAAAGGUCUAAUAAAUGAGAGAGCUGAACUUUAUAAAACAAAAGGACUUGAUGGUUUCCCUGCUGUUGGAAUCAAGAGAGGGGUGGAGAUUGUUGUACCAUAUAGACAGUAUCUUCCAAAAAAAUUUUUCCGCAAUUUUGCAUUCACUGCUGUGAUUCAACCAAAUGAUCGCCAAGGUGGUUAUCUUUUUGCUAUCGUCAACCCACUGGAUACAAUUGUUGAUCUCGGAAUUCUUCUGGAAUCUGCAGGAGGAAAUCAAAUGAACAUCUCUUUGUUGUACACUGAUUCGAAUAAGGAAACGGAAUCGAAAGCAUUAGCGUCAUUUUUGGUUCCAGAAUUUGUCAAUCAAUGGGCUAAAUUUGCUCUCGAAAUCCAAGACGAUAAUGUUGUUUUGUAUUUUCGAUGUACGAGAUUCGCUACUCGUCAGGUGAAAAGAAAGCCUUUCCAGUUAGUUAUGGAUGAUGCUCAUAAAUUAUAUAUCGCAAGUGCAGGACCGAUAUUGAAAGGAGGAUUUGAGGUAAUUUUCAUCUUUUAUAUAAAUAUAUAUACUUAUAUAUUUAUCACAUUGAAAACUAUUCUACUGUAUAUAUGA